CAAAAGCACCAAAUCUCAUCAUCAAACCAAAACCCUGCAAUCCUCCUUCGCUCGCCAAUUCUGAUCUCUCUCUCCCUCUCUCCGUCUCUCUCUCCCUCUGUGUGUAUCAAUCCGAUUCCGACCACGGAAUUCCGGCCGCGCUCGCCGAUCUGCAAUCCUCGCGUUUCCUGAUUCCGCCUCCGCCAUUUGUUCUUCACUAUCCGAUUGGAUUCGGCGAUUGGUAUUGCGCCGAUCGGGGAUUCAGAUUCAGAUUCCGAUUCCGCAUCUAUCAAUGGUGUAGGGAAUGGAAGGAUUGUUAUAUGAGUACAGGAGAGAUCGAAAGAAGAUGCCGGGAUUAGCAGCAGCCGUUCAUCAGAGGAAUGACCAAUUCAGUAAUGCCGCCUCCGCCAAUGGGUUCUGGUCCAGGCACCGGGAUGACGUCGGCUACAAUCAGCUCCAGAAGUUCUGGAACGACCUGUCUCCACAGGCUCGACAGGACCUCCUGAAGAUUGACAAACAAACCCUUUUUGAGCAAGCUCGUAAGAACAUGUAUUGUUCUCGAUGCAAUGGAUUGCUCCUCGAGGGGUUUCUACAGAUUGUCAUGUAUGGGAAGUCUUUCCAGCAGGAAGGUGCAAUUGCGCACAUAAGCUACAACAUAUCAGCUCCUUCGAAAUCUCUACAAGAUGGAGGAAUGUGUACAAGUAAUGGGUGUCAAGAUGAAAUUCAAGAUCCAUCUGUGCAUCCUUGGGGAGGCCUCAGCACAACGCGUGAUGGAUCGUUGACCCUUCUGGAUUGCUAUAUCUUUGCAAAAUCUCUGAAGGGACUCCAAAUUGUCUUUGAUAGCGCUCGCGUGAGGGAGCGAGAACGAGAGCUGCUCUAUCCUGAUGCCUGCGGUGGAGGAGGCAGGGGUUGGAUCAGCCAAGGCAUAGCAUCUUAUGGCAGGGGUCAUGGGAUGAGGGAAACAUGUGCACUGCACACAGCCCGACUUUCUUGUGAUACAUUGGUGGACUUCUGGUCUGCCCUUGGUGAAGAGACGAGGCAAUCCCUUUUGAGAAUGAAGGAAGAGGACUUCAUUGAGAGGUUAAUGUAUAGGUUUGACAGCAAAAGAUUUUGUAGGGAUUGUAGAAGAAAUGUCAUCCGUGAGUUCAAGGAGCUAAAGGAGCUGAAGCGUAUGAGGAGAGAGCCCCGAUGUACAAGUUGCUUCUGUGUAGCAGAUACAGCAUUUCAGUAUGAGGUAUCUGAUGACUCUGUCCACGCUGACUGGCACCAGACUUUUGCUGACUCCGUUGGCUCAUACCAUCAUUUUGAGUGGGCGGUUGGAACAGGAGAAGGAAAGUCUGACAUUCUGGAAUUUGAAAAUGUGGGCUUGAAUGGUAGUGCCCAGGUCACUGGCCUUCAUCUGGGUGGAUUAAAUGCUUGCUUUAUCACUUUAAGAGCUUGGAAGUUGGACGGCCGAUGCACUGAGCUUUUCGUGAAAGCUCAUGCCUUAAAAGGUCAACAAUGCGUGCAUGGGAGACUGGUUGUUGGUGAUGGAUUUGUUACAAUUACCAGGGGUGAAAGUAUACGAAGGUUCUUUGAACAUGCUGAAGAGGCAGAGGAAGAAGAGGAUGAUGAUUCUAUGGACAAGGAUGGAAAUGAGUUGGAUGGGGAAUGCUCCCGUCCCCAGAAGCAUGCAAAGAGUCCUGAACUUGCAAGAGAGUUUCUUCUAGAUGCUGCUAUUGUAAUAUUCAAGGAACAGGUUGAGAAAGCCUUUAGAGAAGGAACAGCACGCCAAAAUGCACACAGCAUCUUUGUCUGUCUUGCCCUAAAACUGCUUGAAGAACGCGUGCAUAUUGCAUGCAAGGAAAUCAUCACAUUCGAGAAGCAGAUGAAACUUCUAGAAGAAGAAGAGAAGGAGAAGCGUGAUGAAGAAGAGCGGAAGGAGAGGAGGAGAAUGAAAGAAAGAGAGAAAAAGCUCAGAAGGAAAGAGAGGUUAAAGGGGAAAGAUAAGGAUGUAGAUAAGAAGACUUCCCUGAUGGAGGAGACUCUUUUGUCCAAUGAUACAAAGGACAAAUCAUCACCCGGCGCUGAUGAGGAACCAAAUGAGAUUGUUGGCUCCAGGGAUUCUGUCAGUUGGAAUGGGGAGACUGUUAGUCCCAGGCCUGUAUCCUCGGAUAUUGAAGAUGAGGAAGCAUCGGGAGAAUGCCCUACUUUUGGAGAUCAGUUCAAUGAGAAUGCUGAAGUGGAAUUCACUGAAGUGAAUGACGGCGCUAGUUCUUUCACAACUGAGCAGUUGAGUUUUUCUCAUGGAAAACUGAAAUCUCGGAAAGAAGGACAAGUGGAUCAGUCUCUGAAAUGGUCUGAUAAACGCCGAUUUGCUGUUGUUUCAGAAAUUGGCCCAAUGGGCAACCGUUCUAUGCCAAGAUAUCAAAGUGACAGCUCUGAGAAUCAUUCCAGGGGUAUGCAUUCAUCAAACAGACAAUUAAAGCCAAAUCCACAAAAGUCCUGUGGUCGAAAUUCUGCAUCUAAAAGCAGUGAGAAGUUGCACUAUGCAAACAGCAGGAUGAAUGAAAGAUUUGAUGCCCAUCCCUGCGGGUGCAACCAAAUUCAUGAUUUCCGGGCAAAUACUGAUCUACCUGUCUCAGCAAUUAGAACGGGCCGGGAGAGUAAAUACAUGAUAAAGUCGGAAUCAUCCCUUGAUGUGUCCAAACACUUCUACCGUGGAAACAAAUAUAAUCAAGCUGAUUACCCUCGUCAGAGUGGUGGAAGGUUGAAAAGCAAAGUCAUCACAGGCAUUAAUAAUCUCGGGAACAAAGACUCCAUUCACUUUAGGAAGGUGUGGGAACCGCUGGAAUCUCAGAAAAAAUGUCCUCGAAGCAACUCGGCCUCUGAUGUAACCUUGAUAAGUUCUGGUUUUAAGGCUGAGGGAGAGUCAUCCGAUAGCACCAAGUCCUCUGGUGAAUUGUGUUCAAGUGAGGAUAGUGGAGACUCCAUUGAGAUGAAUCACAAGAACUCGAGCAUGAGAGGGCCUAAUGGUGAUGUGGGCCAACGCUGUCAAAGUGAGCCAGAAAGUGGUGUAGCAGACUCCACAAAAACUGCUGGUGCUGUAACAAGUAGUUGUUCAAAUUCUGAUAACUGCUCGUCUUGCCUCAGCGAGGUGGACAGCAAUACCCCAUCCUCGAAUCAUGGGAAUCCUGAAUCUUCUUCUACUUCAGACUCGGAAGAUGCUUCUCAACAAUCAGAGAGAGGAGAAGCUUUGGGCUGUGAUAGUGUAUCUAAUUGUCAUAAGGUUAACAUCGAGGCAAGUGAGGUCACCAACGGAGUGGAAGCUUCUGGGAAUAAUCGACCGUUCCUUAGGUUUCCUAUUGGCAGUGAUGGGAACCAUCCAGAUAUUUAUCCACCAAUAAAACUUUCCCACCCUUCUAGAGAUCUAAACAGCACUCCCUUCGGCAUGGGCCACAAGAAUCCAGCCAUGCUUCCUGAGAUGCAAUGUAGUCAGAAUAUCUACUUGCCGAUGUUUCAGAGUCCAUCGAACAUGGGUUAUUAUACCCAUCAGAACCUCAUCUCGUGGGCCCCCUUCCCGGCUAGUGGAUUGUUACCCCAUGCCAACAAUUAUCUCUAUCCUGGGCCCCUCGGCUAUGGUUUGGAUGCAAACCGGGGCUUCUGCAUGCCAUAUGAAGCAAUGCAGCAUUUGGCUCCUCCAAUGAUCAACGGAGGUCCAGGCCCGUUUCCUCAUCCAGCCUACCGGCCUGUGACCCCAGCGAAUGGUGUCUACGUGGAGGAAAAGCCUCAGCUACCUAAGCAAGGUGUGGGUCAAGAAGUCUCAGAUGUGAUGAUUAGUCAAGAGAAGGUUGUCCCAGCAAGACCAGCGAAACCUUCAGAGCCUCCACAUAAUGAAGGAGGGAAAGGGGAUCCAUCUGCCAAAGCUUGCCAAGAGAACUCGGGCUUCUCUCUCUUUCACUUUGGUGGGCCUAUAGCUCUUUCGAACAUCACCAAGUCAUCGGAAGAUGCGGCAAUCGGCGACAUAUCUUCUGUGGUUCCAACCGAUACUGCGGAGGGCUUUCAUGACUGCAAUAAGAAGGAGACCACCAUUGAAGAGUACAACUUGUUUGCAGCGAGUAACGGCAUGAGGUUUUCAAUCUUCUGAGGUCGUUCCUAGUUCAGGAGGUUUGUGGGUGUUUGCAGCUGGGAGAGUCUUAGUUUGGACCUUCUCUCGUCUUUGGUAAUGGUAGUAGUUUUCGAGUAUCUUGCUUUUUUUCUUUUUGAAAUGCCCCAAUAAUUUUCAUGAAAUAUGCAAAUCUUAGCAAAUUUUUAAAAUUUUAUUUUUAUUGUCAUUCACCGUCCUUCUGAUAGUUUUUCCAUAGAGAGGAUACAGAAAUUUACAUCCUGUUUGCAGGCUUUCGUUCUUCGGUAUGAGUUUCGGUUUUGCUCUGUUCAUUGGUUUUAGCAUUUGUAACAAGCUGCAAAUUCCUGAAAUUAACAAUAGAGACUUGCAUUCUUUUCAUAUCA